UGUGAUCAUCUUUAUUCUGACGUAUAGCUACAGGCCUCAAGAGUCCUCGUAAGCGAAUUGAUUGAUCUGAUGACCGAGGAUCAAUUGAACCUGAAUCGAAUUUUCGACGUCCUGGUGACGGAAGGCGGAGUUUCAUUGGCGAAAACAACAAAAGUUUGUUCGACCUAUGGCGAUCGGUAGCUGGUCCUACCAAAGACCGGCGAUGCGGAGAGAUGUUUCCAUGAAAGAGUUACCUACUGUUGAUACCAAUACGAUUGCACGUUUUUCUUCUUCUCUCGUUUUCCAUUUGAGAAUAAAAGUCUUGCCAGGAUUUCCAGUCCCUACCGCAUGCGCCGGGUUUCAGCUCCGAGAAAACAUGCUGUUUUUUUCGAGAAAGCUGAAUGUGGAGAAAGCUCCCAAGCUAUGGAGCAAGACAACACAAAUGCAUUUGAGUAACCAUAUCUUGACUGUUCCAUGGCUGGUCCAUGAGAUCUCAAGUAGGUGUGCCCCAAGCUCAAGGUUAGUGGGAAAUGGUGACAGAAUGACGAGAAGUGCGGCGAGGUCUGCCUUGUGGCCACCUUGUGGUCAUCAAAACCGCACUUGCGCAUGUCCGGAAACGAUCUCCGUUGUGUACUCGAGUACAAUAAAAUGUUUAUUCAUUCUGUACGAUCGCCGCAACGCCAAGCUAGUCUCGCAUCAAUAUUCUUUGUUGCCGCAGGAUCCCGAGCGAGCCCAUUUCUUGCGUGAGACGCUGACAUCAAAAGCACAAAAGUGAUGCCUCAGGCGAUCAGAGCUGCAUUGAUGGAACCAGGGGAUUGGUAUUGAGCGCAUGGAGGAACUUAUACAGCGCAUGCCUUUCAAGACUUAUCGCAGUCGCUCUGACUAGUUAACGAAAA